AUGUCGGAUGUGUCGAACUCCUUCUCAGCUUGGGAGACCCUGCCGGAGGACGAAUCUCCGCUGUGCAUCGCAGUUCGGUGCCCAGUGUCACCUCCACGCCACUAUGAGGCGGUAAACCGUUGUGGAGGAUUCCCGAAAGAAAGGUGUUACCAAUCCAAGACAGACAUGGAAGAAAUAGACGUGCGGAAGAAUACAAAACGAUUUAACGCAACACAUGCAGUUAUUACGGCUAUGAAACUGCUCACAACGUCUCAUUCACUUCUUGACAAAUUCGCUUGGAAUUAUUGA